AUGCCUAAUUUCCGGAUGCUUCUCGUCGUCGGUGGCAGCGUUGUUGCCGUCGUGGUGGACGCCAUUGCCAUUAGCGCCGCCGCUGGUGUUGUUGGCCAGGACCACGGAGUGGAUGGACAUUUUAGCCUUGGAAGGGAUGGCGUACUUGCUGUGCUCCUGGACGGUCUCGAAGGCGAGGUGGCUGACGAGCAGGCGGAUGACGUUAUUCUGGGCGAAGAGGUCCUGGCAUUUGGGAUUGCCGACGGCAAGUUCGGCGACGGCCCAGGCCACCAUGGCCUGAACAUUCAUAGGCCCUUCCUUGAGCACCUUCGCAAAGACAGUGCAGACGCCUGCGUGGAGCAUCUGGUCCACACUCUCUGGAUCGCGGCCCAGGAGGCCGAUGGCCCGGGCGGCGCUCUCUUGGCCCUCUGCUCGCCCUUCCUUGACCAGCUUGAGGAGAGGACCAAUGCCGCCCUCCUCGAUGAUGAGCUUGCCGUACCGAUCAUUGUCACGGGCGAGGGACACGAGGGACGCCGCGGCGUCGGCGCGGUCCUCGAGGGAGCCGUUGUGGAGUUUCGCGAUCUGCUCCCAAAUCAGGCAGAGAAUCGGCUCGUUGGAGGCGAUCGGGGGGAGUCCAAGGUAACCGUCGUCGUCGUCGUCGUCGUCGCCGCCGCCGCUGCUACUGCGUCUGCGGGUGGCGGACACUCGGAGCAACCAGGACACAUCCCCGAUGGAGUUCUCCAGCUGGGAGGACAUCUUCUUGAAGGCUGCAGCGGGUAUGAUGGUGAAGACGCGCUUUACGAGGCCGUGGGCUGCACGGCACUUACACACGAGGGAGAGGGCCUUCUCGAGGACCUGCUCUGUGUCGUCCAUGAUCCGGCGAGUGGGGCGCUCAUAGAGGUCAGCGCGGGCGGCCUGGCGGAGUAG